UCCUGGUUUUUCAAUUAAUCAUUUAGAUGGGAAACAUAAGCCUACUCAGCAACCAGGAAAAAGCAUGUUAUCCUGAUGUCUGUGAGCACCAGUCUGAGACGCGCGGAUGCUCCAGCAUGCCUCCAGAAGCAGAGAAAGAACAAAAGCACUGGAAUAGGUCUGCGGUUGCCUCUAGGCUCAGAGAAGCUGGGUCUUCCCACAGGAUCUCAAGUGUACUGUUAGCUGCAGAUACCUGCUCAGCUGGCUAAGCCUUUAACAUGGAAAGAAGGCUCAUAAAGAAGGAAAUGAAAAAGCUCUUGGGAGAUUAUAUUGGCAUCAGACUUCGGGAAAAUGAAUUUGACCCAAAAGGAAGAAGGCAACUCACCUCUCUAGAUGAUAUGGCACACUAUGACUUGGCCAUCAGUGUUGCUUUGCAAUGGCUGCAUCCCUCAGAAGACUUAACUUGGUUGGAGUGGGAGGAACUGAAAAUGCCAUUCCGUGGCAGACCCAUGUAUCCAAAUCGUAGAGAACGAGAAGCUAUGAUUUUAUCAUCUUAUGCUGGAAUCUUAAUGAACAGUAUCCCGAUUGAGGAAGUCUUUAGAAUUUAUGGGGCUGAUUCUUCUGCCAAUUCUGGUACCAUCAAGGUUCCCCGAGUUUCAUCUCUCCGCCUCUCCUUGCACCCCUUUGCCAUGUUAACAGCACCCAAAGCAGCAGAAUACGCCCGCAAACAGAGUGUCAAGUCAAGAAAGGGAACAACAAAUAAAAAUGCCAACAGCAGCUCUACAAAGGAAGCAAAUGCCACGGAAUGGAAAUCAUCACAAAGGUUUUCAGACACACAGCCAAAGAACAAAGUCACUUAGAAAAUUGGAAUUGUACCAUGGAACUUCAUAAUAGAUUCUCUGGGAGCAGAUGAGAAGCAUCAUCUUAAAACCACAGCUUUUGCCAGUACAUUUUUCUUUACAACUAGUUUUUGAUAUAACUGCAUUGAAGUGUUAUUUUUGAUGUUGAGCUUUCUUCUUUUAGAAGCAUAUUGCACGGCUACAUUCUGUUAAAAAAAAAAAAAAAGCAUGAUCUUAUGCUACUUCAUUGUGACUGUCAGACUGCUGGAGAAUUCAGAGAGUAUGUAGUAUUUCUGUAUUAGAGCAAGCUGGCUUUGUAGCACAUUUUACAAAUGUGUGGCAUUAAAUACUGCACAGAGAUGGAGUGGGAGGCAGAUUUCCAAAGAGUUAAUCCAAAAUAAAAUUAAUCUGUCAUUGAUUGCCUUUACUGUGUUCUCAUAUGAAAAAAUUUUUAAAACUCAUUUCAAUAAAGCAUUAAAA